UGCACAGACCGCGAAGCGAGGGCAGACACCCUCGACAGCCGCGGCGAACUUGGAAGGACGUUGCCUUUGUUUUCUACAGAAAGACUUUCGCGUUUCUUGUUCAACCGCUCCGUCUGCGAAGCAGAGGAACAGACUGCAGCCGCCUCGGCACUGCUUCGUAUUCGUCCCUGCGUCAGCGGAGACGCUGCGUGGAGGCUCCGACUCUGCGCGCCUGUACGCAACUCACCUCGCGAGAAGAAGCGGAACUUCCGGCGUUCUUUGUUUCCAGCGAGUUCUAGGCGAAUGCUUCCAAGACGGAGCGGUCAUCUGCGCGGCCGACGGCAACGCGAGAAGUGAUGAAGACCGCUUUUUGCAGAGAAACGCCGCUGAAAGAAACGCGCUCCGCGACGAUUUCCCUCGACCUCCCUUCACUUCUCGAGCAGUUCCAGGCGUCCUUCAGAGACAGCAGAAACAGCAGAGACGGCAGAGACAGCUGAGUUAGGAAGUCCGCAUGCGGAGACGAAGAUAGAGAUAAGGGGGCGAUGCGAAGUCAAGGGGAGGAAGGGAGAGACGAGAAGGAAGAAGCGAGGGACAAGACGAUAAGGAGAUUAAGAGAAAGACGAGACGGACGACAAGAAGACAAGGGAUAAGGAAGUCUGAAGAGAAACAAGGCGAUCAGGAGAUAAGGAAAGGCAGAAGGCAGAGGCAAGGGAGACGAUCAGCAGAUACGAAGGAGGACGGGAAGCCCAGGGAAAAAAGACGCAGAGAAGAAGGAAUUCACACUAAGACAAGAAGAGAGACGAGGAAAGAGAGAAGAAACAGACAUCGAGGCAAACAGGGUGACAGGAUGGCGGGGAAGAUGGCAGGAGGCGCCCGGAGUUUCGAUGAGGAGAAAGCGUACAUUGCGCGAGAUCCGAAUUUCCCGUGUCGCUACACCGUCAAGCGGGGCUUCGUCGAGGGCAUGCAAGUCGAAGGUCACAUCUACGUCAACGACGCACUGCGGUCUCUUCUCUUCGACGAGCUUCGUCAAUACACUGCGCAGGGCGGCGGCCGAGGAGCUCCGACGGGUGGAUUCUUGCCUGCACUGAAGCAAGUAGCGAACGUCGCGGCACUGCCCGGCAUUGUGGGGAAAAGCAUCGGCCUUCCGGACAUCCACGCAGGAUAUGGUUUUGCGAUCGGCAACGUGGCGGCGUUCGACAUGGAAGACCCGCAAGCUGUUGUCUCUCCAGGGGGGGUCGGCUUCGAUAUCAACUGCGGCGUUCGUCUUUUGCGGACAAAUCUGCAGGAGGAGGACGUAGCGGACAAGAAGGAACAACUCGCGCAGGCGCUCUUCGACCAUAUUCCUGUGGGUGUAGGCUCGCAGGGAAUCAUCCCCUGCAAAGGCCCCGAGUUGGAGGCCGCGCUAGAGCUCGGGAUCGACUGGUCUCUUCGUGAAGGCUACGCGUGGGCAGAAGACAAGGAGCACUGCGAGGAAUUUGGGCGCAUGCUGCACGCGAAUGCGACGAAAGUCUCCGCGCGCGCCAAGAAGCGAGGACUCCCUCAAAUGGGGACGCUCGGCGCCGGCAACCACUACGCAGAAAUCCAAGUGGUGGAGGAAAUCUACGACGCGUACGCGGCAAGACGAAUGGGCCUCGAACGCGAGAAACAAGUUUGUGUGAUGAUUCACUCUGGAAGUCGCGGCCUCGGUCACCAGGUGGCGACAGAUGCUCUCGUCGCGAUGGAAGCUGCAAUGAGCAGAGACAAAGUCAAAACGAACGACCGACAACUCGCCUGCGCCCGCGUCGGCUCUCCUGAAGGCCAAGACUACUUGGGGGCGAUGUGCGCGGCGGCCAACUACGCGUGGGUCAACCGCAGCUCGAUCGCCUUCCUCGCUCGCGAGGCUUUUGCGAAAGUCAUGAAGCAGUCGCCAGACGAUUUGGACAUGCACGUAGUUUACGAUGUCUCGCACAACAUCGCAAAAAUCGAAGAACAUUUCGUCCGCGGUGCGCCGCGUCGGCUGCUGGUGCACCGCAAAGGCUCGACGCGCGCCUUUCCGCCUCACCACCCGCUGCUCGCGAGUGACUUCCAGAUGACGGGACAGCCGGUGUUGAUUGGCGGAACGAUGGGGACUUGCAGCUACGUCCUCACCGGCACUGAGAAAGGCAUGCAGGAAACUUGGGGGAGCACCUGCCACGGCGCAGGUCGCGCAAAAAGCAGAAACAACGCGAGAAACAACCUCCAGUACCAAGACGUCAUUCGCGCGCUCGAGGACCGCGGCAUCUCUAUGCGGGUCGCGAGUCCAAAGCUCAUCAUGGAGGAGGCGCCUGAGAGCUACAAGGACGUCAGCCAAGUCGUCCAGACCUGCCACGACGCGGGGAUCUCACGCAAGUGUGUGAAGCUGAGGCCGAUCGCCGUCAUCAAAGGAUGAAGAAGACGGCAAAGGAAAGAGAGAAUUGUCUCGUGAAGAAGGGCAGAGCGCAUGAAAAAAGGGUGGAGUGUAAGAAAGAAAAAGGAUGAGGGGGAGAGAAGAACAAAGACGAUACAUCUGGACAAGGAGCAGAGCAAUUCUCUUUUGCGUGUCUUUCUCAAAGAUCCCUUUUGGGUCGAGGGGCCUCCUUCAGGGAGCUUUGCGACCCGGUUCGUGUGUCUCUGUUUCUGAAUUUCUUUUCUCCGACGACCAGACGGAAGCUUUCCGUAGAUAAGGAAAAGCAAGAAACAAACCUUGCGGCUUUAGUCGAAGAAGCUUGUUCUUUGUGAAUCGAGAAUGCCUCUCCUUGUUCUCCACUGUAUAUACAGAGAUACAUUUACACAUGCC